GUCUGGCGAAGGCGUCGUAAGUACCUCCCGUUCACCUGUGGCGAUUAGGCAACCAUCAAUUGUGAUCGUAUUCUUCCCUCCAUGCCGAACCGGCUAUCGUGGCAGAAAUUUUAUUGCUUAUAAGGAUGCUCAUAAAAUGUUGUGGUCCCGCUUCAGCAAUGGGCAUUUGUCAUGUUGCUGAUAAAAUUAUCAAUGUAGGUUAGUUUUCGUGUCGUAUGAAACUUUCGUUAGUGCAGCAAGUGGUUACCGAAGCGAGCCAAGGAAUUGUUUGACGCUAGCAGUGUAUACAACGGAAUUGUCUUUUUAAUUUGAGACAGCAGAAGCAAUCCUAUUUCUGCAGCUCAUAACUCAAAAUCAAAAUGUCUGAUAUUGGAGAAUCCUUGGUAAUAAUUGGAGGAAUUGAAGGUGGAGGUGGUCAUUCAGUGGCGGUACUAUUUGAUAAUAAAGGCAAUAAACUGGUCGAACUACAAGGACCUUGUACAAAUCACUGGUUGAUUGGAAUGGAUGAAUGCCAAAAUAGGGUCUAUGCUAUGAUCCAAGAAGGAAAAAAGAAAGCUGGAUUACCUGAAGACUUGUCCUUGAAGGCCUUAGGACUCUCUUUGAGUGGCUGUGAAGAUGAUGCUACAAAUGAAGAACUAAAACAAGGAUUUAUGAAAAAAUUUCCCACCCUUAGUCUCAGCUACUAUGUUUGUAGUGACACAAUGGGAUCUAUUGCCACUGCGAGUGAAAAUGGGGGCUUAGUGAUCAUUUCUGGAACUGGAUCAAACUCGUUUCUGUUGAAUCCUGAUGGAUCAACAGCAAGAUGUGGAGGAUGGGGCUACCUAUUGGGUGACGAAGGAAGUGCUUUUUGGGUUGCUGAUCAGGCAAUCAAGAUUUUCAUUGAUGAAGAAGACAACAGACGUUGUCCUCCUCACGAUACUACAUACAUCAGACAAGCCAUUUUUGAGCACUUCAAAAUCACCGACAGAUUUGGAUUACUAGAGCAUUGUUACACCAAUUUUAGCAAAGCCGUUUACGCUGGGCUGUGUGCAAGAUUAGCUACUGGCGCUCACGCUGGAGAUGCUUUAUGUCUUCAUAUAUUCCACGAAGCUGGCCGAUCUCUUGGAGAGUACGUUGGCGCUUUACUCCCGUCAAUCAGCGAAGAACUCCUUAAUGAACCAAAUGGGUUACCCAUAAUAUGUGUUGGUGCGGUCUGGAAGAGUUUUGACCUGAUGGAGAAAGGUUUUACUGAGGGUGCAAAUACCCAACCUGGCCCAAGAAAAAGCCCCAAUUCCCUAGAACGUUUCAGUUUGCUGCAACUGCAAACAACACUGGCUGUUGGGGCAGCCUAUAUGGGAGCUAAAUUUGCCAAAAUAGACUUUCCAAGAGAGUAUGGCCAUAAUUCUAAAGUUUUCUUUUCGAAGACUAUAUAAGAAGAUGUCCAUAAGCUCUGUUUUUACUAGCCCUUAAAAAAUAUUUUAUAGCAACAGUGAAAAGGAGUAAGCCCUUAUAUUUGCAAGCUGUGCGUUCCAUGUUUUACCAGAUGUCCUGUCUGGCGUAGUCUAAAAAUAAUUAAAGUUUCUCUAGGAAAUAAUGGGACUGAUUAAAAAAAUCUUUUUUUGAGUUUAUAAAAUUCUAAUAAGGAUUGCCAUCACUUAUAUUUAAUGACCAUUUUUCAAUGUGUUGUUUGAUUGUUUGGGAGUAAUAAAUAAACGUUCAAUGCACUUA